GGCGGGCGGUUGCCGCAGCCUGCAGGCCUGCAGCUGCGCGCGCGCGCGCGCGCGGUAGAGGUCAAACCAAACCAACCUCGCGACGCCCAACCCCGCCACGCCACGUUCCCCCUGGCCUCAACCGUCCGUCGGCCUCAACGCGGCGAAGCAAACGGGACGAGCUAUAGCUAUAGCUAGCUGCCCCCGUCCGCAUCCGAUCUGCCUAGUCUCCUUCUUCUCCUUCCCUUAAAAGCCUCCGCCGGCGCCCGGCGCCACUGCCGGCUGAUCACAAACUCGCGGCUGUUAGUUGGCGACCAGCGCUGGCCGGCGAGUUGCGAUGGCGGAGAAGAAGCUGCUGCUUCUGCCGGUGGCGGGGGCGCACAAGCACGCGGGCGGCGGGGAGCGGGCGUGGGCGCGCCCGUGGCGGUGGGCCAAGACGGCCUUCUUCCUCGCCGCCAUGCUCGCCUCGCUCCUCCUCGUCUGCGCGCCGCCGCCGCUCGUCGUGGUCCUCGACCUCGCGCUCCCGCCGGCGCUGCUCGCGGCCGCCCUCCGCGCCGGCGGCGGCGGCUACGCCUCCUUCGCCUCGGCUGUCGCCGCCCAGGCGCGCGCCUUCGACUUCCGCUCCUCGCUCGUCGACCUGCCCGCCGUCUCCGCCGCGCGCGCCCUGCUCAUCCUCUGCGCGUACGUGGUGUGCGGCGGCGGCGGCGCGUACCUGUGGGUGGUCGUGGCGUGCGCGGCCGGGUCCGUGUCCUACGUGCUCGCCAAGGCCGCCGCCGUGCUCCCCCGCCGCGCCGCGCUGCAGGCGGCGGGGGGCACGCACGCCGCGGCCGCGGCGGGACCGGAGGCCAUGCUCCUGCUCUCGCUUGCGCUCGCCGCCGCGCACGUCGCCGCGGCGUACCGGACCAGCUGCCGCGAGCGCCGGCGCAUGCUCGUGUACAGGAUCGACGUCGAGGGCGCCGUGAGACUAAAAGGGGGCCACCAGACACCCAAAGGGCUGAAGGCCUGAAGCUGCGUAGCGUCUGUCACUCUGCUCCCAUCCGAUCCUCACCAUUAGCAUCCGCGACAUCGACAGACACGUACGUAGGCGCCCGGAAGAUUAGUUCCCUUUAGGGCCAAGCAAAAUUUUGGUUGAGUUCCUCCUUGUCAUGUUGUGUACACUAAGAUACGUCCGUCGCUCGUGUAAUUGCUGUCACUUUGGUAAGUGAACAUACUGUAAAUACUGAAACAGCCGUGCUUAAGUACCCCCGGCCUCCUGCGACGCAGACGCAGGAAGAGCUGGUGUGGUCAACCCCCUGUUUCUUUUUCUGCUUACAGUGUCACAUAUAAUUGUUGCAACUUCAGUAUCCUUGAAAGUAGUAAGUUAACUCA